AUGAGUAACGCCACCGAAGAGCAAGAUCAAAUAUAAGAGGAAGAUGAUAUCAGCAAGCCCAAGACAAUCAUCAUUCCUCAGAAAGGAAUGAGAUCUCCACUUGAUGUGGUGAAUGUAUACCCUAGCAAAUUUUAAAAUGGAAUUUUCAAAGCACACAAUCCAUUAACUAGUGACAACGAAGAAAGCGAUAACGAAGAUAUUGAUAGCAAAAACAACGGGAAGUAAGAAAAAAGCAGGACCUAGAAUACUUCAAAAUACAAUUCAAAAAAAAUAGAUGAAUUGAAAAAAUAAUUACAAAAUGCUAAAAAUGAAUUAUAAUUAUAAAAAAUAAAAUAUGAACUAAUGAUUCUAAAAUUCAAUGAGUUUAUCACUCAUCAAGUUUUUUGCCAUACUUAAUGUGAAUAGAAUAUUAAAGACGAUGAGUUAUUAAGUGAAUAAUUUAAUAUACUCUUAAACACUUACCUCUGUUAAAAAGAUGAUUAUGCCAAGUAUUUCAAGAAUUAAAGCUGGACUCUGCAAGGAAGUGCUUAAAGUCUACCUACUUCUCCUCUUAAGAACCAAUCUCCUCAAGAAAGCUUCUUGCAAGCAGAAUUCUUAGUUGACAACACUAUAAAGAAAUUCUAUUAGAUUUUAGAAAAAGAAACAAGUGACCCAAUAUCGUAUCGCAAUCAUAUAAAUGAAAUUACUUUGAAAGAGAAAUAAUUUGAAACUCUAAAACAAACUAUUGAACAAGACAAUAAAAGUGAUGGCUCAAGAAGUGAUGAAAUUCUUUCUUCAAAAUCUUUGGAUGAUGAUGAAAAAAAAUACAAUCUUGAAGAAUAAAUAGAAUAAUUGAAAGAAGAAAAUAUGUUUAAAUAGAUAAAAAUAGAUAAUCUACUUGUUCAAUUAGGCGCCUUAGAAUAAAAAUAAAGCUCUUUUGACUAUUAAGAUGCAAAAAUAGAUGAACUAAUGUAAAUAAUCAGGACUAACUAAGAGCUUUCUGAAUAAUUCGAUAAUAACUCUAAUUUCAACACUGAUCUUAAUGAAAGAAUUUUGGAUAGGAAAGUCAUUUUAUAAAAACAAAACAAACUCGAGAAGAAAAAUAAAUCUCUUAGAGUGGAGAAUAUUGAACUCAAAAAUUCUCUAAAGGUGUUCAAUAAUGAAACAAGCAAAUUAGAAAAGAAGUUAGAAGUUGAGAAAAAAAAUAACAAGCUUUUAAAUGAUAUUUUAAAUUAGGAAUUUAGCGAAAAGCAAUUAAUAGCUUAAUUGAAUGAUAUAAUUGAAAAUUAAAAAUAAGAAAUUAGUGAAUUAAAAAUAGAUAUUGAACAGUUAUAGAUUAAAGUUGACAAUAGCAAAUAAGAAUUCGAAUAUAUUAAGAGUAAUCCAAACUCUUAAGACUUCGAUGAAAUGGAAAAUGAAUACGAUUAAGCCGAAGCCCUUAAGCAGGAUUAAUGGAAAAUCAAAAUUAUUUAAGCAAAGUCCAGUGUUUUGGAAGAAAAGUAAUAGAUGGAAUCUUAAAAGAAAGACAUUGAGGAAAAAUUAAGAUUAAUUGAAGAAGAAAAAGAAGUUAUUUAUCGUUAAAAUUAAAAUUACCAAAAUGAAAAUACACAGUUGAAGAACUGCUACAAGACUGUUGAAAAGCAAUUCAAAGAUGCUGUCAAAGAAAAUGAUAAACUCAAGAAAAAACAAUAAGAGUUUGAGGAAAAGCAAAAGAGACUUGAAGAAUUAGAAUAAUAGAGUCAAUAACUUUAAGAAUAGCUCUAGGAGUUAGAAGAACUAAGAAAAUAGAAUGAAGAUAUCUAACAACAACUUAUUUCUGAAAAAAAAUCAAGAUUAGAAAUUGAAACUUAGUUAAGUUCCCUUCGCUAGCUAGAUAGCAAUAAUCCCAGUGCACAAAAUAGUUUCAUAGAAGAAGACAAAGAAUAACUAUUAGCUGAAAAAGAGAAGCUAGAAGAAGACUUAAAAGAAGCUCUUAGAACAAAAUCUGAAAUUGAGUUGUAAAAAGCUUCAUUCUAGACAGAAAAUGCUUCAUUUAGAUAACAAUAUAAAAAAAUUGAAAAGCAGCUUAAAAAAUCAAUUAAAGAGAAAGAAGCACUCAAAAAGGAAUUAGAAAAUGAAAAGAAAUUAUUCGCAGAGUAGCUUUAGAGUGGAGAAGCUAAGGUAAUUGAAUAACUUAAACAAGAGCUUAAAUAAACAAAAGAAGAAAGGGAUGAAUUCUAAAAAAGAAGCUCCAAGCUAGAAAAUAAGUUAAAGUCUUUAUAAUAAGAAUAAAAUAUGGAAAAGAUGGAAACUGACUUUGAUAAGUAAAUCGAAGAAAAAAUUAAUGCUGCUAAAUCUUAAGUUAUUGAAGAAAAGCAAGUUUUAGAAGCAGAAAAAGAAGAUAUUUAGAAAAAACUUGAAGAAACAAACAGAGAAAAAUUACUCAUUGAAAGAAAGAGCCAAGCAGUUUUAAGUGAAAAUCAAAAUUUCUAGCAAACUUUAAGUUCUCUUUAAAAAGAAUUGAAAGUUGCUAUUAAGGAAAGAGAUUCUAUUAAAAACGAAGUCACCUCUCUUAGAAAUAAGUUUGCUAAGAAAGUAGAGCUCAUAGAAAAAUUAAAAACUAAGUUUGGGUAUUAAGAAGAAGAAGAUUAGGAAGAAGAAGAAUAGGAAGAUCCAAAGUUAAUGCACUAACAUAACAGAGAAGUCAGGGAUCUACUCACUUAAAUAGAUCAGUUAAAAGAAGAAAAAGAAGAUUUAAUAUAAUAAAUUAAAGAGAAGUAGUCAAAAAUUGAUGAAUUAUAAUCAGAUUCGAGUAUGCAGAAAUUGGAAGAAGAGUAUGAUGAAGAAAAUUCGAACAAAACUGAAUUAUAAGUACAGAUUGAUAAUUUAGUCAAGCAAAAAUCAAGAGUAGAAAUUGAAAACAAUUAUUAUAAAGACACUUAUAAGAAUGUUGAAAAGGAAUUUAAAAAAUCAGUUAAAUAAAAUGAUGAGUUAAAGAAAAAACUUGCAGAGGCUGAACAAAAAAUAUCUUAGCUAGAAAAGAAAGUACCUAAAGAAGAUUAGGAGGAAGGCGAUGAAGAAGAAUAAUAAUAAAUCGAAAGUAGUGCAUAGGCUGAGAUAAAUGAGUUGAAAUAAUAGCUUGAAAAGGUUAAAAAUGAAAAUAAAAAUUUGAAGAAUGAACUAAAUAGCAUAACAGAUAGCAAUAAAGAUCUUUAAAAAGCUAUUGAAGAUGCAAGAGAAGAGCAAUAAAUAAAGAGACUUGAAAAUGAAUAUGAUAAUUAGCCUGAUGAAGAUAAGCUUGAAAAAGCCAAAUCGAUGUUUAUUUAAGAAAAGCUUGUUUUAGAAAUUGAAAAAGAGGAAAUUGCUAAUUAGUUAAGCUAAAAAUUAUCAGAAUUAGACAGUCUUUAAAAAUCUUCUUAACAGAUUGUUUUGGAAAAUAAUGGAUUAAAGUCAACCUUUAAAUCUUUUGAGAAAGAAUUUAAGCGCACUGUAAAAGAAAAUGAUGAACUUAAGAAGUCAUUCAAAAAAAUGGAAACUGAAAAUCAAAAAAUUAAAGACCAAGUAGCAAUGUACAAAUAACAGUUGGGUAUUGUAGAUACUCCUACUGAAGAUCAAGAAGAAGACUAGAGUCCAGUAUAAAAUAAGCACUAACAGCCUUUGAAGCAAAGCAAUCACUCUGACCAGGAGUUUAAUGAGCUAUAAGAUAAAUAUAAUUUAAUGGUAAAAGAAUUCGAAGAGUUCAAAAAAGAACACGAAAUGCAAAUUAUGGAAUUUUAAGAAAAGGAAGUUUAUUUAUAAAAAACUAAAACUGAAAUAGAAUAAAUUGAAUGGGAGAAAUCAGAUUUAGAAAGAAAGGCAAACAGCUUAUCUCAAGAGCAAUCAACUCAUAAAUAAUUUUAUGUCACUCUUGAAAAGCAAUUCAAAAAAUCAGUCAAAGAAAUCGAUAAUCUCAGGAAAGAUAACGAUAAAUUAGUAAAAUAUAAGGAGAGACUUAGCGAACUUGUUUCAUAAGUAAUUAAAAAGCAAGAACCCUUAGACGAAUAAAAUGGAGAUGAAGAAGAUAAGUUGUUAACUGUAAAUCCUUUAGUUGAGUUGACUAGAUAAAAAGCCAUGCUUGAGCAAAAGAAUUCAUAUUUAACAGAAUAACUUGAAGAAAUGUCCAAAUAAAAUAAUUAACCUUCACCUGCUUAUGUCUAACAAAAUAACGAUAACGGAGCUGAAGUUUCAGAAUUAACUGAAUAAUUAUAAAAUGAAUAAAAUGAGAAUAAAUCGUUGAAAGCAUAAAUAAGAACGAUUGAGGACUAAUACCAACAAAAGGAUAGCGAAUAGAAAGAUAAAAUUGCUGAAUUAGAAACUCAACUUUAGGAAAUUAAAUUAAAAUUACAAGAAAAAGAUUAAAAAGUUAAUGAAAAAGAAAAAAAACUCAAUGAACUUUUAGGUUAAUUAGAUUAAUAAAAUCAAGAAAUAAAGAAGUAGUACACAUUCAUCUAACAGAGUUAGCAAAACAAUAAAGAAUUAGCCAAAAAGAAUCAAGAAAUCGAAGAAUUAUAAUUGCAAGUCAAAGAUCUUAUUCUUGACAACAAGAUCGUUGAGCAAUACAAGCAAUAAAACGAAAUGCUAAAAAAUAAAUGUGAAAUACUUGAAAGUAGCCUUACUGAAAUACAAGAAAAAAAGAAUUAAUUAAUAAACAAAAUAAAGGAUAAGGAAAGCAAGAUAGAAGUAGAGCUAAAUCAAAUUAAACAAGUUAAUCACCAACUUGCUUAACAAAAUGAGAUGCUUAAAAAAGACAGAAUUAGCAUGCUGGUUGAGUUAGAGCAAGCAAUUUAGUUACAAAAUGUUGAUAACAGAUAGCAUUUUAAUAUUCCAACUUCAGGAUCUAAAUUUACUUCUCCAAAUAACUUAAAGAACCCUAAGUCUUUGACAGACAUUCAAAAUGACAAUCAAGCAAAAAUUCAAGAUAAAAUACAUGAAUAUUAAUAAAAAGUUUACGAAGAAGUUUACAAUUAAUAGGAUGAUGAUCUCAAUGAAAAUUAUCCUUUACCUUCAGAAGGCAGUGAUGGAUAUGGCAAGAAGCUCUCAAAGCUCGAAGACGAAUUCCAUGAUUAAAUACAAGCUCUUAAGCAAAUUAUCAAGAGUAAGGAACAUGAGAUUUUACAAUUGAAAUUAAACAAAGAAGAAAACAAUUUAGAAAUUACACCAAGAGAUAAAAAGGUUAUCAGUGAUAUUUCUCCUCAACGUAAAACUGGAUUCAAGAUUGCUACUGGCUCAAAUUAAUAGAUUACCGACUAUGCUACUGAUAGAAGAACCAAAAAUCAUAGUGCUAAUAUGCUCUACUAUUAAAGUAUUCAGUCUAUUCAAAACAAUUAAGGUGAUAGCUAAUCUAAAUUACUAGGAAGCACUCAAUAAUCCUUCUAAGUCUAAUCACCUACUGGAGGUGCCAGUAAUCUGAGCUCAUAAGAUAUGAUUUUGGAAAGAAAUAGAAAGUCAAUGCCAUAAGCUAUAGGAGUUGGCAGUCUCCAAAAUGGAGGAGGUAAUAUCUCUUAAAUAUCGAACAUAAAUAGCAGCAUAUCUAGUGCAAACAACAUGCAAAACAGUUAAAAUAAUAACAAUAAUUUCUUAGAUUAAAUGUAUUUAAAAUGCAUAGAAAGAUCCAAGAAUCUUCUACAUAAGAAUGAAAAUUUACUAAAAUCACUAAAAAGUGCAAACGCAAAACAAUAACACUAGCUUAAUCUAAAUGCCGCAGUUUCAAUUAUGAGUAACCAGGCAUAGAUUCAAUCAAACUAAAAUUAAAUACAACUUCAAGCAGCUACUUCAGCUCCUCAAUCAUUUGGAUAAAAUUAUAUUCAAAAUCAACAAUAAAUGAUAAUAUCUCCUUCUCAAUCAACUCAUAAUUUCAAUGCUGUCCUAGCCCAAUCUUCAUUAAUUGACCCAUCUAUGCAAUAUUACUAAAAAAGCCCACAUUCUAACAGUCCUCCAGAGCAUUAUUUUAACACUAAAACAUAUGCAUAGAUAGUAGCUCAAUAGUAAAAUUACCUUCCUGUUUAAUAAUAGCAGUAAUUGAUGUCUUCAAAGCGCUCACAGACAGCUACAACUAGUCCAAAUAUAGGAUCCACUUCAAGCAUAUCUCCAAUUGCUCCUCUCAAGUUAGAUUAUUCAAAAUAAAAUCAAACUUAAUAAGGAUAAUUUAACGCUAUUAAAAAUAGUUCCAACAAUAACAGUAACUCCAAGAAAGCAGCUGGAAGCGAUAAAAGCAAUACUAACGCUAACACAAAUUUACUUCCUAGAUAUGAAGGUGAGAGACUGAGCAACCUCAGACAUGGAACUGGUUGUUAUUACUAUUAAAAUGGCGAAAUCUACGAAGGCGAAUGGAAGUCAGAUAAGAGACAUGGUUAUGGAAUCUUAAAAGAUGAGCAUGGCAUUGACAUAUAUAACGGUGAAUGGGAAUAUGACAUGUAUCAUGGUUCUGGUCGUCUCAGAAAUCGUUUCGUUUCAUUCUCAAAUACACCAUUCGAUUACCGUAAUUUUGAAACUCUCUCUAAGUCUUGGUAAUUCUAUAGUGGAGAAUUCAAAAAUAAUUUAAUGCACGGUCAAGGAACUCUGAUACUCUGCAACAACGAUAAAUUUGUAGGUCAUUUCUAAGAUGGUAAAGUCCACGGUGAAGGUACAUACCACACUAACAACGGAGAAGUCAUAACUGGAGUUUGGUAAAACAAUCGCUUAGUUUCAAACCCAUUCAUAGCUAAACAUUUUUGA